CGCGCCAGGGCCACACGAGGGCUGGCAGAGCCUCGCCCUCACAUUGUACAAUAAACAUCCUGCGCCCCUUUGGCCCGCCAGCAGUGCAUUUCCUCUGGUCUACCCGUGGCUGCUAAGAUGCUGUGCUGAACUACAUACAGCCCCCCAGCCCCAGCCUCCCGCCCUCGACUCUUUGAAAAAGUGACCCCAUCGCCUUGCUUCAAAAGCCCUACGGGUCUCACGGGUCUCACGGGUCUCUCCACUCUCGCCCAGAGCUUUCUUUCCUCUUCCGGCCCCGACCGGGACAUAGCAGAUAGGAUAGCAGAGCCUCGCCAUGGCCGACGUCGCCACUCCCGACUCUGUCGCCGCCAACUCCCCAAAUGGCGGUGCUGCGAGGAUCGGCCGCCCUCCGCAAUGGACUGAAUCACGGUCCAGGAAACUGGCCAGGCUGUACAUGUACACCACCCUGCCCAUGGAGAAGAUCAUCAAGGCGCUGUUCCCCAAUGACGAUGUCAAGAAAAACUCGGCACAGAAGACCCUGCACAAGAUGGUCGGCCAUGAUCCCCGGCCCCUGCGUCCUGUCGACAGGAAUGACAUGAACACCCGCUUCAAGCUGCUACACAAGCGCAGCCAGCGCCGGCGCCAGAGUGACGGCACCACCGUGGACCAGGAGGUCGGCGUCACCCCCGCGCUCAAGGAGGAGCUCCACACCCCGGCUCUCUCAGAAGUCUCCCGUUUCGAUGAUGCCGCUGGUCUCACGAGCCCCUUGGACGUGCCUUUUGGCUUUGCUUCGCCGAGCCCCAUGCCUGCAGACUCGCCCACCAUGCUUUGGUCCGCCUACCCAAAGGACGACGAUCAACAUCCUUUCCAGCUUCCUCUCCGCCGGCCAACUCGAAACGAUACCGUCUUCACCACGUCCACUCAGAUGAGCACAGACAGUAUAAAAAACCUGAGCCACCGGAUCAGCGUGUCGACAGUCUUUGCCAAGCAGGUGAACCUUCUCAUGAGCAGGCUCACAAUUAGUAGUUCUGAGAACCUCGGCAAUUCGCCAUGCCGGACGCCUACGGAUUUCCCAGCACAUCACAGCCCCUUACCGAACGGGCCCACGCCACACCCUGGAACAGCUGUGCCUGGCGACUUCAUGAUCUCUAGGAAGUAUGUUCCCCAAUGCAAUGCGCAGAAGCAUUUCGUCGGUAGCCAAUGCUGGUGUACGAUUGCCGACGACACGGCAGAUCUCAACGACGCCUAUUAUAUCACCGAACGGGGCGAACUUUGCGACUGGGCAGCAAGCGUGCGGCAGGGGCCUGAAUAUAUUUCUCGUGUGGACCGCUUCGGCAACACUCCUCUCCACAUCUUCGCCGCAUCGGAUAGGCAGUCUGACCUUGAAACAUCGUUUCAUCUGCUCGAAUCUGGGCGCGCAGAUCCCAGUAGGACCAACAAUGCACACCAGACGUUUCUUCAUGUGCUGAGCCCCAUUUGGUUCUACGGCAUAAAUGACCCCAACGCGCCCCUAUACAGGCUCCUGACCUUCCUCUUCACACGCCACAAAGAGCUGGCAUAUGCCCCCGAUGUCUAUGGUCGAACCUUUUUCCACCAGCUCGAUCGCUUCGCGCCAGAUCCUAAGGCAAUCGAAUAUAUCAACCAGCACUAUGAGUUUGAAAUCCCGAGAGACGCAUUUGGUAUAAAACCACCUUCUCAAGCUGUCGACACGUCCUUUGCGCCUCCAAGACGUACCGGCACGACAGCACUCUCGCCUUUGGCCGAAGAGGCCCCAGAGGACGACUUCACGACCAGAGACAUGGGAUUAGCAUCCAUCGUGACCGAAGCAUACAGCAAUCCUGCUCUGGAGGAUGCCGAAGGCCGGAAUGGGCUGCACUGCUUGGCAGAGAUGCAAUUUAUCACCAGCAGCCCGAGCAGCCCAGAUCCCAAUACCCCGAGUCAAUCACAUCCACCGACCACCAAGACGAAGGGUUCACUCAAGAGAAAGCACGGUAGGGACGACGCGGAACGUAUCAAGCCCAUCACCCAGAGACUCCAAUAUCUCCAAGGCCUCUUGACACCGGUGACCCAGAUAGCACCACCCAAUGUCAAUCAUUACGACCAUAAGGGCAAUACCGUCCUGAUAGCCUUCGCGGCUCAACUGUCUGACGAACAAGACGACAAGAGCGGCCAGCACAUCGGGAGAAUUCUUGACUUGCUCAUAGAGAAUGGGGCAAUACUUGACGCACGGAACAGGCAGGGGGAGACGGCGCUCCUGGUCGCCGCAAAACGUGGGAACAAGCAGGUCGUCAGCAAGUUGCUGGACAGAGGUGCCAAUAUACACGCGCGAGAUAAGAACGGAAGGGCUAUAAUGGCUAUUAUAGAUGCGAAAAUUGCGCUUUGUUCAAAAGACCUGCCGUCAUACGGGCGAUUGGAGGCCGUCAGGGCAGCAGUGCUCGCCAAGAAGUUGGAGGCGAAGAAGGACGAGCCGAGUUUCGUGGAUGAAUGGACUUGGACUGCGAGACAACAGGCAUAAGAGCUUCUGGGAUUCUGUGAGCAUCAGGAUUGGUCCUCGGAGAGCCAGCUCUCCGUCAUGGUCAGUCGGGGUUGGGUAUUUGGCACUGUCACAUGUCGUGACUGAUUUAUGAGAGACGCCUUUUCUGUACUAUACUUCCUUGAUGGAUACCCACUUUCUUCUCCCCAAAGGCACGGAUUGGCGUUCUGCGGCGGUUUCUGUAUCUUUUGGAGACUGGCAUUCAUCUAGGGAGGAUCAGGUGGUGGCAUUUGGGUCGUGCAUUCAGGCGGGAUGAUGCGGGACUUUUCGAGUACAUAGCUUGCGCCAAAAACGAGCCGAAACUCCAUCUACUGAGUAUAUACAAUACACAAUUCAGAGCAAGCA